AAUAAACUAUUUUCUAUGCAAUUUCUGUUUGACAAAUCAGUCACCUCACCACCAACAACCCAAACAACAAACAAAAUUAAACGGCCAAACUUAAAAUUAUACUAUAUACUUUAUAAAAUUAAUUACAAACAGAAACAUUACAUUACCCACCAUCACACUUCUAAAGUCAGGAUCUCCCUUCAAAAGGGUCAGAAUCUUCUUAUCUUUACAUAUUAACUUCCCCAUACCAUACGCACUUAUAUAUAAAUGAUUCUAAACUCAUAAUCAUAUUAAUUCAUCUAUCAUAAGGUUCAUAAUAAUAAUUCACAUAGCUACACAUAACAAAUAGUUAUGUUUCAGUUUUUCAGUUACAUAAACUUUUUGUUCUUCUUUAUGACCCUCUUUUUGCGACCCUGUUUUCCCGCGAGGAUCAUACCAGAAUCUGUAACUGUAAUAACCACCACCCAAAAACACAACGCCACGUGGCAUGAUUUCUCGCGGUUUCUUCACGCAGAACCAGGCAGCCACGUCAGCGGCAUGGCGGAGCUCAAAAAAUACUUCAACCGCUUCGGUUACCUCUCUCCGCCACUAACCACGGCGAAUUUCACUGACACGUUCGACUCAAGCUUCCAAUCCGCCGUUGUACUUUAUCAGAAAAACCUCGGUUUACCGAUCACCGGAAAACUCGACUCUAAUACUAUCUCAACGAUCGUUUCUCCGAGAUGCGGCGUUUCCGAUACAGCAGCAACUCAUAGAAUCCACACCACGCAACACUUUGCUUACUUCAACGGUAAACCACGGUGGCUUCGUGGUUCUCCGAUGACUUUAACCUACGCUUUCUCACCUUAUAACAUGAUCGACACGUUGAGUUUAUCAGAAAUUCAAACGGUUUUCGAACGUGCUUUUGCGCGAUGGGCGAAGGUGAUUCCGGUGAGUUUCCGGUUAACGGAGAAAUAUCAAUCGGCGGAUAUUAAGAUCGGAUUCUACAACGGCGAUCAUGGUGACGGAGAACCGUUUGACGGAGUAUUAGGGGUUUUAGCGCAUGCUUUUUCACCACAAAAUGGAAGGUUCCAUUUAGAUGCAGCUGAAAACUGGGCCGUUGAUUUUAAUCAUGAUGAUUCAAGGGUAGCCGUUGAUUUGGAAUCAGUUGCAACACACGAGAUAGGUCACGUGCUUGGUUUGGGUCAUUCGUCUAUAAAAGAAGCGGUUAUGUACCCGAAUUUGAGUCCGAGAAGGAAAAAAGUUGACUUGAAAAUUGAUGACGUGGAAGGUGUUCAAUCUCUCUACGGGUCUAACCCGAAUUUCACUUUCAGUUCUUUGUUGCAGUCUGAGAAUUCGUUUAAUCUUGCGGUUCGGUUAGAAACCGGUUUCUAUAAAUGGAUAUUCUAUUUGGGUGUUUCCUUGUUGGUAUUAUUUUUGGGGGGUUGAAGAUUGUAUUCAUUCAUAUACAUGUAUUUUCAUUCUUUGAUCUUUGUAUGUAUGUAAAAAGAAAGAAAGAAUACGAAAUGAUAGAAAGAAAAAAAGAAGUUGAAUCACAUGGGCUAAACCCUAAUGAUUCAUAGUUUAUAUGAUAUUUUUUAAGAUA